CCUUUACAUGGCCCUGGUGACCUUUGGUACCAGUGGCCAGGGUUGAGGAUGGGGUGGGUAUAAGGAGCUCCAGACUCCUAGAAAGAGUGGGGUCCAUUUUCCCCUUAGUCACUGUCCUCUCCCUCUCUAAUGGCUUCCUGUCUAACUGGCUGGGGGGUGAUUCGGGGGUGACUCAGGGGCACCCUACACACCCCCAGAUUCUCUGGAAAUGGCAAGGGCCAGUGUGUUGUGUACCCUGGCCACAAGUACCUAUGAAAGGGGUACACUCGUAACAGACCCUGAGGUGUGGGGACAUGUUAUUCCCCUCCCGGCUAAGGACAGAGGGGUGCCUGGGGCUAUAAGGCCUGGGCUGCCUGGACUCUUACCUCUACCCCAGCCCCAGGGAGCCCUGCAGCCUGGCUGCCUGCCAGCUACACAGCAGCAGGCUCAGCAAGUCCCAGGGGCGUGGUGUCGGCCAGUAGCAGAGCCGGCCUACACCAGCCAGGCAGGCAGCAAGGCUGCAGUCCAUUGGGACAGCUGCAAUCCAUUGGGACAGAGCAUCGGGAAGGCAGACAGGAGUGUGGCCAUGAGUCCUCUGCUGUACUAUGCCCUGUCUGCCCUGGGCGGCUACAUCACACUGUCCAUCUUCUUCCUGCGCCGGCCCCGCCUGCUGCACACACCCCAUGCCCCAGUCUUCUGUCCCCGCCUGGUGGCCCACCGAGGAGGCUCUGGAGAGCUGCUGGAGAACACCAUGGAGGCCAUGAGGAACGCCAUGACCCAGCGAGCAGAUCUCCUGGAACUCGAUUGCCAUCUGACAAGGGAUGGUGUGGUGGUAGUGUCACACGACAAGAACCUGUCCCGCCAGUCAGGCCUAAAUAAGGAUGUGAGCAGCCUGGACUUUGAGGAGCUGCCCCUCUACAAGGAGGAGCUGGAGGUUUACUUCUCACCAGGCCACUUUGCCCAUGGGUCAGACCGGCACAUGGUGAGUCUGGAGGACAUGUUCCAGAGGUUUCCACAGGUGCCCAUGAGUGUGGAGAUCAAGGAGAAGGAUGAGGAGCUCAUUUACAAGAUCGCAGACCUGGUGAGGCGCUUUGACCGCAAUGACAUCACCAUCUGGGCCUCAGAGAAGAGCUCGAUCAUGAAGAAGUGCAAGGCUGCCAACCCUGAGAUGCCACUGUCCUUCACGAUAAGCCGAGGAUUCUGGGUGCUGCUACUUUAUUAUCUGGGGGUGCUGCCCUUCAUCCAGAUCCCUGAGAAGUUCCUCUUUUGCUUCCUGCCAACCAUCAUCAACAGGACCUACUUCCCAUUUUCCUGCUCUGGGCUGAACAAGUUGGCAGCUGUGGUUUUAAAAUGGAUCAUCAUGAGAAAGAGUCUGAUCCAACACUUGCAAGAGCGAGGGGUGCAGGUAGUGUUCUGGUGCCUUAAUGAAGAGUCGGAUUUUGAAGUGGCCUUCAGUCUGGGGGCUACUGGUGUCAUAACAGAUUAUCCCACAGCCCUGAGGCGCUACCUGGACAACCAUGGACCCGUGGCCCCAGCCUCCUAAGUCUGAGUUCCUCUCCUCUGUUUCUCUUCCUGAAAAAUAAAUAUUUUCUUUUCACUCA